GUUAUAGUAUUAUAUCUAGGUUAUAAGAUUCGAUAUAAUGACAGAAAAAAAGUAGUCAAUAGGGACAAAAGAAGUGCAAAUUUUACAAAAAGUGAAGUGAAUAUUCUAGUAGACUUGGUAUUGCGACGUAAAAAUGUAAUAGAAAAUAAGCGUACUGAUGCUACUACAUGGAAAGACAAAGAUACAGCAUGGGAGGAAAGAACAUCACAGUUUAAUGCUCAAUCUGGAAAUUUUCCUCGAAACACCAAGUCAAUUCGAGCGAAAUACGAAAAUCUUAAAAAAGAUUUAAGGAAGAAAUGUGCUCGAUUGACUGGAGAACAGAAGAAAACGGGAGGUGGAAGUAAUCCGUGUUCAGGUUUAGAAGGUCAUGAGGAGAAAUUACUAUCGAUAUCUGAGCUUGGAAUGUUGGGUUUGCCAAGUAGACACGAUAGUGAUAAUUUUGGAGCUGUUGCAGACAAUACCGUUGACGAGAAUGAAGAGAAUAAAGAGAAUGAAGACAGCCACCAAUAUAUUCAUGAUCCUGACGUCAGGCAAAAUAUUACUGAGACAUUGGGACCUGAAUGCAAUAUUUAUAAUUCUAAUGAUGAGUUUGAGGACACCGGUGAUAACGAAGCAGGCAGGAGUAUGCAUGUUUCUAGUCCUCCACCUGAUGUAAACACUAUUACCAGUGAACAAAAAGAGCUGCAACAACAAUUCUUGCAACAGGAAAUAGAAAUGAGAGCAGAGACUCACAAGCUGAAUACCGAACUCUUAUUAGUCGAGCUAGAGAUAAAGAAGCUACAGUUACAGAGAUU